AUGGGAGGGAUGCGGGCAGUGCAGAGGACCGCCUACAUCAUGGGUUGCGUGCACGCUCCCCGGAAAGGCCUGUCCCACUUGGCUCUGUCCCACCACCACAGCGUCUCCACCUGGCUGAAGCUGACGUCUGAGGACACGAAGGAGCAGACCUACAAACUGGUCGAGAAGAGCCUGACUCCCUCACGAAUUGGGCUGGUCCUCAGAGACUCACGUGCUGUUACACAGUACAUUCUGGGACAGGCAGUAAAAUCCUGA